GGCGGGGGGAAGAGGGAGCGAGAGAGGCAGCGACCGGGCGCUGGGGCGGCUGCGGGCGCCGCCGCAUCUUCCGCCGGGCGGCUCGGAAGAUGGUGCAGCAGCAGCAGACGGGGGUGGCCAGGAGGGGCGGCGGCGGUGGAGGAGGAGGGGGGCGCGGCGAGGCGGCCGACAGUGGCAUCAGCGACAUGAGCGCGGCUUCGAGCCCCAACCCCUGGAGCGGGACCCCGGGCCGCGGCGACGAGGAGGGCGCGGGCUGCUGUCAGCCCGACUGGUGCAAGACGCCGAGCGGCCACAUCAAGCGGCCGAUGAACGCCUUCAUGGUGUGGUCGCAAAUCGAGAGAAAGAAGAUUAUGGAACAGGUGCCCGACAUGCACAACGCCGAGAUCUCCAAGCGGCUCGGCAAGAAGUGGAAGAUGCUGAAAGAGGCCGAGAAGAGCCCGUUUAUUCGGGAGGCGGAGCGGCUGCGCCUCAAGCACAUGGCGGACUACCCCGACUACAAGUACCGACCGCGGAAGAAGGUACGGGGAGAGACAGCCGCCGCCCCCUCCUCCUCUGCCGCUGCCGCCCCCGCCUCCGACAACAAGCCUCACAAGAAGCCGCCGGGUAAGAAGCACAGCCGGACGCACAAAGCCAAGCAGCUCCUGGAGCGCUCCAAAGCCAAGCGUGCCAAGGCGCAGGGUCAGCUGGGCGGCGUGGGGCCGAGCGGCCGCCGCCCGCAGCCGCCCGACCUGGAGUCGGAGCCUGAGCCGGAGGAUGAGGAGGAGGAGGACGAGGAGGAGCCCGAGGACGAUGAGGAGCCCGAGGAGUUGCUGCAUUACUGCCUGGCCGGCAAGAAACCGGGCGCGGAGCUCAGGACCCCCGGGCGCCCGGCGCUGCUGCCCGCCGCCCACGCCCACGCCCGGCCGCCCGACGACUGCGACCAACAGCUGCUGCUCUUCGACCUGAGCCUGAACGUAGCGGCGGGCGGCGGGCUAUCCGGCCCGGGCGGCAACCUGUCCCUGGACAAGGACAGCGACUCUCUGGCGGGCGGCAGCAGCCCGGUGUCUCACUUCGAGUUCCCCGACUACGGGACCCCCGAGGUGCGCAAAAUGAUCUCAGGAGACUGGCUGGAAAUCGAGUCCAAUAUUUCCUACUAGGUUGACGGACCGAGCCGGGCGUCGCCUCCCCCCCCCCCUUCCGUCUACCCCCUCCCCUCUCUCCCUCCCGGCCGGUUCCAACGCAUCGGAUGCAAUUCUCUUCCCCGGAGGAUGAGCGAUGUCUCUCUCCUCCCCAACCCCCUGCUGGAAGCUCGUCCUGCCAAGGGCUCUUCUUCGUUUGAGCCUUCCCCGGGGCGAAGCCGUUGUCCUCAGAUCCGUGCCCGUGGGAAGGAGCCCCCCAUCCCCCUGUGAAUGUGAACGAUGGGGAGGGGGGAGAGGAAGGAGGUAAAAACGCUCCUCGCCAGGUUGAACUCUUCCGGGGGGUGGGGGGUGAGUGGUACAUCGAGGACAUUGCCGAGGGGUCCGGGAUUGUUUAUUC